AUGAUCAAAGUUGUUGUGCUUGUGUUGGUGCUAGCCACGAGUCAUGUGUGGAGUAGUGCUACUACUGGAGAUUCUGAUCAAGUCCAUUAUUUCAUAGAGAGGGAGAGACAAGCUCUUCUCAGCAUGAAGCAACACUUUGUUAAUAAUUUCCACCGUCUAUCCUCAUGGACAAGCACUAGACGAGAUUGUUGCGCCUGGAGUGGUAUCAGGUGUGAUAAUUUAACUCAUCAUAUUAUAAGUCUUGAUCUUUAUUUUAACGGAUUGGGUGGUGAAAUUGGUCAUUCCUUGGUUGAUUUGCAACAUUUGAGAUACUUGAAUCUUGGUUUCAAUGAAUUUACUAAAAUUCCUGAGUUUAUUGAUGAUCAUAUCUUCACCUAUAAAAAUUCUUCAAAUUAUCUCACCAAUCUUGAAAUUUUUGACAGUACCAUACCUCCUAAAACAAUUCUUUGGUUGCUAAACAUAAGUUCCAAUCUAAUUAAUCUCACAAUUGCGAAUAAUGAAAUAAAAGGUCCUCUUACACUUCCAAAUUCUUUUGAAAAUAUGAGAUCUCUCGCACGCAUUGAUUUGCCUGAGAAUGGAUUCGAAGGUGAACUACCAAAAUCAUUGGGGAAUCUUUGUAAUCUUCAGGAAUUAGUAUUGAGCUACAACAAAUUCAAUUCAACACUUUGUGAUGUUAUAGGAAGACUUAUUGGUUGUGCUAAUAAUUUAGAAAUUUUGGAUUUGAAUUCAAACCAAUUUGAAGGACCACUGCCCAAUAUUUCAACGUUUAGUUCAUACCUUAGACAUUUGGAUGCCUCUAAUAAUAAGCUUAAUGGUACUCUGCCUGAAGGAAUUGGAGAGCUCCAACAACUCAAGUAUUUAGAUCUCUCCUCAAACUCUUUCACUGGUGCUUUACCUAAAAGUAUUGGUAAGCUUCAGCAUCUCAGGAACUUGGAUCUCUCUUCAAACACUUUCAUUGGGCUUGUCACUGAAGUCCACUUUCAAAAACUUUCCAAGUUGAAUAGUCUUUAUUUAUCCCAUAACUCCUUAUUAACAUUGAGGAUCAAUUCUACUUCGAUUCCACCAUUUCAACUAGAUGCUCUAUCAUUGAGGUCUUGCAACUCAGGUCCACAAUUUCCUACUUGGCUCAAAACCCAAAUAAUUAUCUCAACACUUGAUCUUUCAAACUCUGAAAUUCAUGAUGAAAUCCCCAAUUGGUUUUUCCGUCAAACUCUGACAUUGUAUUUUCUAAAUCUAUCUUCAAAUCAAUUUCGUGGAUUAAUACAACUUCUUGACAUUUCCAAUAAUAUGUUGAAUGGAAGCCUCCCUGAUUGUCAGUGGAACAUGAAGGAUUUGAUUGUUCUGAAACUAGAUAACAAUAAUUUGUCUGGAGUAAUUCCAAGAUCAAUUGGUUCGUUAUCUAAAAUUCAGCAUUUGCUUUUGGGACAUAAUAAUUUUUCUGGAAAUCUUCCUUCAUCUUCAAAGAAUUGUACAAAACUUGAAGUUCUUGAUAUCGAAUCCAAUAAUCUAGAAGGAAAUAUACCAUCUUGGAUUGGGGAAAGACUCACAAAUCUGAUUUUGCUUCGAAUAAGAUCAAAUAAUUUCUAUGGAAUUAUACCAUUAAAUGUAUGCCAUCUUCAAUUUGUUCGAAUAUUUGACAUUUCCAUAAAUGCUAUAUUUGGAUAUAUUCCGUCAUGCAUAAAUUUUUUUACCUCUAUGGUAGCCAAGGCCAAGGAGAACAAGUUUAAUGAUUCGAAAGACAUUGGCACAAUGACUGCCGUUGUACGGUCUGAUGUUAUUAUAUCGAUCAUGUGGAAAGGUAUUCUUCGUGAGUAUAGCAGCACUCUUGGAUUAUUAAGAGUGAUUGAUCUCUCAUGUAAUAAUUUGAUUGGAAAAAUUCCUGAAGAGUUAACAAAUCUUGUUGAAUUGGUUCAACUUAACAUUUCAAGGAAUAAUUUGAAUGGCACUAUCCCUAUGGAGAUCGGGAACUUGAAUAAGUUAGAUGCUCUAGAUUUAUCCCACAACAAGCUUUGUGGUGUAAUUCCAACAAGCUUGGCAAGCAUAUCUUCUUUGUCGUUCUUGGAUCUGUCAAGUAACAAAUUAUCAGGAAAAUCCCCACCGACACUCAACUACAAAGUUUUGAUGCUUUGA